CAAACCGCAGCAGGAAAUGCUAUUCGAACAGUAGUGGAUCAAGGUAUGCAACGGGCAGAAGUCAUGAUAAAAGGUCCUGGUCUCGGGCGAGAUGCAGCAUUAAGAGCUAUUCGCAGAAGUGGUAUAUUAUUAAGCUUCGUCCGGGAUGUAACCCUAUGCCACAUAAUGGCUGCAGGCCCCCUAAAAAGGCGUGUGUAAAUAUAAAUAUUGAAGAGAUUUCAAGAGACAAGAGAAAUAAAUAAUUCAAUGAUUUCAAUAUUAUUAUGAUUCGAGAGAAAGUAACAAUAUCUACUCGGACACUGCAGUGGAAAUGUGUUGAAUCAAGAACUGACAAUAAGCGUCUUUUUUAUGGACGCUUUAUUCUGUCACCACUUAUGAAAGGCCAAGCCGACACAAUAGGCAUUGCGACGCGAAGAGCUUUGCUUGGAGAAAUCGAAGGAACAUGUAUCACACGUGCAAAAUCUGAGAAAAUACCACACGAAUUUUCGACUAUAGCAGGUAUUCAAGAAUCAAUACAUGAAAUUUUAAUGAAUUUGAAAGAAAUUGUAUUGAGAAGCAAUUUGUAUGGAACUUGUGACGCGUCUAUUUGUGUCAAGGGUCCUGGAUAUAUAACUGCUCAAGACAUCAUUUUACCACCUUUUGUAGAAAUCAUUGAUAAUACACAGCAUAUCGCUAGCCUAACGGAACCAAUUGAUUUGUGUAUUGGAUUACAAAUCGAGAGAAAUCGCGGCUAUCGUAUAAAACCGACAAAUAACUUUCACGAGGGAAGUUAUCCUAUAGAUGCUGUAUUUAUGCCUGUUCGAAAUGCGAAUCAUAGUGUUCAUUCUUAUGGAAAUGGGAAUGAAAAGCAAGAGAUACUUUUUCUCGAAAUAUGGACAAAUGGGAGUUUAACUCCUAAAGAAGCACUUCAUGAAGCCUCCCGGAAUUUGAUUGAUUUAUUUAUUCCUUUUCUACAUGCAGAAGAAGAAAACUUCCAUUUAGAAAAAAAUCAACACAAGGUUACUUUACCUCUUUUUACCUUUUAUGAUAGAUUGACUAAAUUAAGAAAAAAUCAAAACGAAAUAACAUUAAAAUACGUUUUUAUUGACCAAUCAGAAUUGACUCCUAAGAUCUAUAAUUGCCUCAAAAGAUCCAAUAUACAUACAUUAUCGGACCUUUUGAAUAAGAGUCAAGAAGAUCUUAUGAAAAUUGAACAUUUUCGUAUAGACGAUGUAAAACAUAUAUUGGGUAUUCUAGAAAUAGAAAAAAAUUUCGCAAUUUAAUUUUUUUACCAAAGAAU